CUCGCGUAUCAGAUUCUCCAAUCUCCAUUACUCUUCCCAGAAGGAGAAAACCUUUCGAGUUCGAGUCAUGUUCCACUGAGCGCCUGUCGGGUUCCUGCCAUCUCAAUUCCAACUUCUUUUGAUCGAAAAUCCAUCGUCAAUUCGCAGCCAAGAUUGCCGGAGUUCGUCUCUUGAAUGGAUUUCUCCGAGCAAGAUGUAGAUAUAUUCGGCGAAGAGCUCGAGAAUGCAGACAACAACGACAACGACCAUCAUGACCGAGAUGCUGCCCGCUCGUCAUCGCAAUCUUCGUCGUCCUCCUCUUCUUCAUCGUCUUCGGAUUCUUCGUCGUCCAACGCGAGCGAUGGAGGCGAGAGCAGUAGUGGAGGCAGUGGGAGUGCGAGUAGUGCUGGAGAAGAAGACGACGAAAAUGGUGAAGAAGUGCAGUACAAUCCUCGGUACGAGGAUAGAGAUCUAUUUGGUUCUGAUAACGAGGAUUAUUGUAAAACACUUGCUGUUAGUCCUUAUCCAGUUCCAGUCUUACCUGCAAUAAGGAACAAUAACAACCCUGGUAGAGGAGCAUUUGGGCGAGGUCGUUGGGGGAAUAAUGAUAGAGGAUCAGGCCUCCUUCCACGGCCUGGACCAUUCCCUCAAAGGCAUGGCUUCGGUGGCUAUGGAUCAAAGUUUUCUAAUGGACGUCAUGAUGAACGUUUUGUCUCAGACAUGAAGCUUACCAAAAGUGAAGAAACACUGGCGAGAAAGUGCAUUGCUUUUCAGGAGCCUUGUGAACUUGCUUGCUAUAGUCGUAUAGAAGGAGGAGAUGUCUACUUUGAUGACCGCAGCUUGAGACUGUUUAAGCGCUUUAUUACUGAAGAUAUUGGAGCUGAUUUGAAUGAAGGUUUUGACACUUUUAUCGAGAAGAAAGACUUAGGUUCUCAGGGUUUUGGUGACCUCCUUUCCUGCAUAAGGGACAAAAACAUCCCUCUUCAAAAUAUUCAUUUUGUGACUUUCCGUAACAAUCUUAACAAGAUAUUGGCUACUGCUUAUAUUCGUCAUGAGCCUUGGGAAAUGGGUGUCCAUAAAAGAAACGGUGUCGUCUACCUAGAUGUGCAUAAAUUACCAGAAAGACCCCAAAGUGAAUUGGAGCGUCGAAGGUGCUAUUGGGGUUACUGUUUUGAGAACCUUGCUACUGAGGACCCAAGAAGAGGUGAUGGAGAAGGGAUACAUCAUGUAGAUGCAAAUGCUGAGUACUGUGCUGUUAUUAAAACAAAACUAGGCGCUCAUCGCAUCCUGAUGGGUGCUGAGAUGGAUUGCUGUGAUUCAACUGAUGAGGGAAGGAGGUUUUAUGUUGAAUUAAAGACAAGUCGCGAGUUGGAUCAGCGUACUGAAGAAAGAUAUGAGAGAGAGAAAUUACUUAAGUUUUGGAUACAAUCAUUCUUAGCUGGCGUACCAUAUAUUGUUAUUGGGUUCAGGAAUGAUGCUGGCCAGCUUGUUCGCACGGAAAGAUUGAGAACUAAAGACAUAACACAGAGAGUGAAAAUGAAAAACUAUUGGCAGGGAGGUGUCUGUCUUGCCUUUGCUGAUGAAGUGUUAUGCUGGCUUUAUGGAACAGUCAAAGAAAAUGAAGAUUACAUAUUGCAGUUUGCGCAUCCUUUCACCCGUUUAGAGCUUCUUCAAGCCUCCUCAUGCCCAGAUGCUAUCACUCAUCACAUCGAGCUGUUAUAGUCAUAUGAAGAAAUUCUCGCAUUCCCUGUAAAUCUGAAAGUGCAGAUUAGAGGUUAAGUUAGCAAUCAUCUUUCAUCUCAAACUCUGAUUACACCAUCUUACUCAAAGGACCAUUUUCUUGCCCGAUGGCUGCCUUACGCUUAUUAUAUGCUUAGCCACCUAAAGUAAAGUUGAAGACACCUCAGCUCCCAAGGAAAAAAUGCAAAAUAUUGUAUUACCUAACACCCCAUAGGAGAGAGAGAAACACCCCAUAGGAGAGAGAGAAGAAAAGAGAAAGAACGGAGCUUUAUUUUUGCAUAGGUAUCAUAAUUAUUUUGGGUAGUUUGAUUAGGUGUUAUCAUGAGACAUGAAACUCCAGCCCAUUCCCUUGUCUUGUCUUUUGAAGAUUGGAGUUGAAUGCCUGUCAUUCAAACCCAAAAGUUGGUUAGUAUUUUUUUUUUUUUUCAUUCUUUAGGUUAUGAUUAUGAACAUCAAAUAUCUGAGCUUUUAAUUGCAAUCCCAAACAACAAAAGUCUCCAUCACUGCUUUCUAUCUAUGUAAAACUUACAGGUUAUCACUCUCUGCUUCUCUCUGUAGAGUAAAUUUGAUAUGCAGGAUCUGUUCGUCCGUUGAUUCACAUUGCUGUCAAUCCCUUGCCCCGCCUCACCCCGAGCAGCCCUGCUCUGCAAACAAUCUCUUUUGUACUUGUUUUUUGGUGGUUCACUUUUGUAAUUGGUUAAUCUGCUGAAAGGAUCAGAAACGCUGACAUAUUUACCUUACAUGAAAUCUUUGAAUAGUUGUUCCCUC